GCAAGUGCAAGCUCUUUCCAUUCCAGCCAUUCACCUACACAUGACUGCAGCCACCAUGCAAGUCAGUCAGCAAGAUUUUGAAAAGGCUCAAGAGCAGCUGAAGCUUUUGAAAAAGGACCCUGGGAAUGAAGUUAAGUUGAAGCUCUACGCUUUGUUUAAACAGGCUACCGAGGGUCCCUGCAAUUCUCCAAAACCAGGUAUGCUGGACUUUGUCAAGAAGGCCAAGUGGGAUGCAUGGAAAUCUCUUGGCAAUUUGCCUCAGGAUAAUGCCAGAGAGAAAUACACUGAGCUGGUUUCAGGUCUCGUCUCUGCAGAAUCCUCUAGCCAGGUGACAGAUGCUGCUCCAGAAGAGGGCAGACAUGAUGGUUAUGAAACUAUAAUCGUUACUACCCAAAACAACAUCACAAAGAUAACGUUUAACCGACCUGAGAGGAAAAACGCCCUUAGCCAUCAGAUGUACAGAGAAAUUAUGAAAGCCCUUGAAGAAGCUGCCAAAGAUGAUUCUACCAUAACAGUUAUUACCGGAAAUGGAGAGUACUACUGUAGUGGAAACGAUCUGAAAAAUUUUGCAGAUGUCCAACCUAGUGAAGUUGAGAAGGCAGCAAAGGAUGGAGCAGUACUGUUCAAAAACUUUGUGGCUCAUUUUAUCGAUUUCCCCAAGCCCUUGAUUGCAGUAGUGAACGGCCCUGCCAUUGGCAUCUCUGUAACCCUCCUUGCCUUGUUUGAUAUUGUCUACGCUUCUGACGUGGCUACAUUUCACACUCCAUUUAGUCAACUUGGACAGAGUCCAGAAGGGUGUUCCUCUUACCUCUUCCCAAAAAUCAUGGGUGCAGCCAAGGCAAAUGAGAUGUUGCUUUUCAACAAAAAGCUGACUGCAGCAGAAGCCUGUACCUAUGGACUCGUGACCGAAGUCUUCCCCAGCAGAACUUUUCAGAAGGAAGUUUGGACAAGGCUAAAAGCUUAUGCGAACCUUCCUAAAAAUUCCUUGGCAAUAUCAAAGCAACUGUUAAGAGAUGUGGAAAAGGAGAAGCUCCAUGCGAUUAACAUUCGAGAGUCUGAAGUCCUCAUGGAGAGGUGGUUGUCUGAUGAAUGUCUAAAUGCUAUUGCCAACUUCUUUCAGAGUAAAUCAAAGCUCUAACAUUUACCAGAAUAAUCUGCCAUCUGAAAACAGCUUUGUAGAUCCUUAUCAUUAAUGAACUUCCUCUUCAAAUAGUAAUUCUUACCCAUUUUGAUGUGGUAUAUUUCUAAGUACUGUGUUAAAACAGCUUCAUAUAUUUAAAACAAUGUUGUGUGCCUUGCAUCCAUUGUGGAUAUUUAGGAGAAACCUCUCUAUGCAUUUUGGUGCCGACUACAUUGGGUUCUUCCA